UAGUAUUCUGGGCUAUAUUAGGAUGAGAGUUCUGGACCAAUUCAAGCCCAUAUUUUUCCCAGAAAGACGUGUUUUUUCGUGAAAAUUAUCGGUUUACAGUGAUCAUGGGUGAAAGAGCUAGUGAUCCUUUGAAUAUGGACGGUCCUAGCUUCGAUGCUGACUUGUAUUUGGAGAAACUCCUGAAGGAGCGCUCCUUGAAGCAAAUAAUGGACACGGAAGCGAACAUCGUGAAGGACACGCAGACUCUUCACAGCGACAUGCAAACGCUGGUGUAUGAGAACUACAACAAGUUCAUCUCAGCCACGGACACCAUUCGGAAGAUGAAAACAGAUUUUAAGCGAAUGGAGACUGAAAUGAAUCUUUUGGCGUCCAAUAUGAACUCCAUCACGGUGUUCAGUGAGCAGAUAACAGGAACACUGCAAGACACACGUCAGCAGCUCAGCAAAUUAUCCGAGAAGCACUCUUUGUUGAAGCGAUUGCAGUUUCUGUCAACGCUCCCGGCGAAGAUGAAGACGCUGAUUGAGGAGGAGAACUACGCGCAAGCAGUGCAGGACUAUGCUCAUGCCCAGAAGGUGCUUGAGCAGUAUGGAAGUCAGCCGUCAUUCCAGGGCAUUCAAGAGGAUUGUCUGGAAAUUGUGGCAGAGAUGAAAGAGCGUCUGAAGAAGGACUUCCAGGCUGCUGGUCAAAGCGCUCAGAGUCUGACGAGAACUGGGGAAUUGCUCCUCCAAUUGGGAGAGAAGCCUAGUGAUUUGGCAAAGGAAAUGCUCCAGAGUGCAAAUCAGAGACUGCAUGAGCAGAUUGUGAUGCUUCAAGACCAGACAGAUCGGGAUAUGAUAGAAUUUGUAGAUCUGGGACUCGAUGGCUUCCUCAAAGAUCUCAAUCUCGUUGUCAGCUCAUACAAGGACAUGUUCCUGAGCAGGCUGAUUGAGCAGGAGCGCGAUGAUUUCAUUGAAAUCGCCACUGAGGAUCUCAAUCAGUUUGUCCAGAAGAAUAUGGAUAAGUACAUGGCACUUGUGCAGGAUCGCGUGGAAGCUGAGAUGGGCAGAGGGGAUUCCCAGGUGAUGCUCAGAGCUCUGGACAGACUCCAUCGGCGACUACUGGCGAUGGGGAAUCUCUGCCGAUCGAUUGACAUGACAAAAACAGGAAUAGAAAUAGUGAUUAAUGCUGCUCACCAACUCUGCAAAUCACACUUUAGAACUCUCAAGGAGCACUUUGGGGACCGCAUGAGUUCAGUGAGAUUGGCUCUGGUGACAACGAGGAGUGACUCAGCGACGCCAAGCUUCAGUGAGCUCAUUUCGAACCUGUUCUUCUCCACCGUGGAGAAGGUGAAGGGAGUGCUGCAGGACUUGUUGGUCUUCCUGCAGCCAGAAUGGUCAUUCAAUCUCAAGAGUAACUACAAGGGAUCUCUGUGCGUUGAUGGAAUACGAGAGAAUCUUCUGGUGGCCUUCAUUCAUCACAUAAUUGAGGUGAUGAUGUCCUUUUGCAGUGUCAACUCCUCUUCGCCACCAAAUCUCUUGCUAGUUCUCUCGAAAACCUGCCUGGAGAUGGAUCAAGUGGGCAUCCACUCACUCAUGUCUCUCGUCGAUGACUUGUAUGAAAUUGAAUCGGAGAAUUCUGCCACUCUCACGCACGAAAGUGAGUUGUGUGCUGAAAUGCGAGACGCCGCCCAGGCCCUCCUGGACACGUACGUGCGAAUGCAGGGACUCAACAUCUCUCAAAUGCUGCGCAAGAGCGUGGAGACAAGGGAUUGGCUAAAUUGCCUAGAGCCACGGUCAGUGCGUGCUGUGAUGAAGCGUGUCGUUGAAGAAUUAAACUCCAUCGAGGAGAUUCUCAGUGGAUUGUACGAUUCUGGGACGAGAACAGCCGCUUCUAGUGACUCCAGUCGCAAGACUCAUUUCAGCAUGUCGGCGACGAAGCAACCUUUCCGCUCCAAUUGGUCCACGUACACUCCUUCACAGCUCGAGAGCAGCUUCGCAUCCAACAUUCAUCGACUCUUCACGGAGCGCAUUGAAAUCUUCAGUUCCGUGGAGUUCUCCAAGGUGUCCAUUGUCACGGGGAUCAUCAAGAUCAGCCUCAAGACGCUCCUGGAGUGCGUGAGGCUGAGAACAUUCAGCAAAUUCGGCCUGCAGCAGAUCCAAGUGGAUGCACACUAUUUGCAAAUGAAUCUGUGGAAGUUUGUCUCAGAUGAGAAUCUCGUGCACUUCCUGCUGGACGAGAUUCUGGGUUCUGCCGUGCACAGGUGCCUGGAGCCCAUUCUAAUGGAGCCGAACGCCGUGGAGAUAAUAUGCGAAAGGAGCUAAAUACG